AUGGGUUCUCCUCCAGCCACAAAGAAUGUCGCGUCUCCUGAAAAAGGCAAGGAGCGUGCUGACGAGAAAGUCCAUCUCGAGCCUGAGGGCCCCGCGCGUAGCCUCAAGGAAGCCGGAAAGCAUAUUUUGGUAGUCGGUCCAAAAGGGUCCGGCAAGACUGCUGGCAUCCAACUCGCAACAAACAUGGAAAUCCAGCCAGAAAACACAGGAAACACAGAUACAAACAACGUUCGAACUUAUUCCACCGUCAUCGAUGGCCAGGCACUUACCUUCAUCGAUACACCUGGAUUCAGUGAACUUGACACCAAUAACAACGAUACAGCGAUCCAGAUUUGCCAGUGGCUGUGUGACAAUAUCUUUGCGCACGAGAAAGACAUUCACGGAAUCCUGUGUCUUCAAGACAUUGGCAUGCUAAAGUCAAUACGGGCAAUGGAUUGCACUGCGGAAUUCCUGCACGCCAUAAUAGGUGGGAACAACGCGAGAAACACUGCAUUUGUGACUACCAAAUGGGAUGCUCUUAACCAGAGUAAGCUGUCCCAAUUUGACGCUAAGCAUGAUGACUGGGGCAGAACGGCUCUUUGGCGUCAGAUGCUCAACAGCGGUGCAAUUCUCUUCCGGCAUUACGGCAUCAGUAACACAGCUGAUGACAGCGAGGAUGAUAUCCGAAGGGCACAGCAAAGCAUACGCGACCUCCUAUCCCACUUUAACACUUCCCAUCCCGUAAGCCUCCAGCUGCGCGAGGAAUUUGGAGGUCAACGCGACAGAGAAUCGACAGCGAAGUGGCUUGUCAAUGCUAUGCCAUCUCUUCAUCAAUUCAACCAACGCGAAGCCAAUAUCAGAAACAAUAACACGCAAGGGGAUUUGUCUCAAGACCAAGCCCCAGAGGGAUACUCUAAGAAAACAAAAGUUGCAGCGGGGGUUGGUGCCGCGGUAGCGGGUGCCGUUGGAUAUUACUACAGAGAUGACAUCAAACGGGGUGCAAAAACGGUAGCGAAGGAGGUCAGCAGAAAACAUAGAAACGUGGAACGCAAUACGGGCAUGGAUUGGGUUUUCUACCCUUGGAUAACGCCAGAUGGAAUUGGAAUAGGGGGGAGAGGCGCAUUGAGAUGA